CUGUCAUUUUAAAAUGGCGUCGCGCGUCGCAGCUGUUUUGGGACGUAGAUAUUGCUCCUAUUUGCGUAAGGAACUGUCUCGGCCGUUUCAGCAUGACAGCAAGGUUGAAGUGUACCAGAGGCGCAGUUUCAACACAUCCUGGGUUUCAUGUAUGUUCGUCCAAACUCAGGAUACUCCUAACCCGAACUGUCUGAAGUUCCUGCCGGGAGUACCGGUGCUGGAGAAAGGCACCGCUGAUUUCCCCACGAUCUCUGCUGCCAAAGGUUCCCCUUUGGCAAAGCACUUGUUUCGCGUGGAAGGCGUCAAGGCAGUCUUCUUUGGCUCGGAUUUUAUCACAGUGACCAAAGAUGAUGACGAGAGAGAAUGGAAGGUUUUAAAACCCCAAAUUUUCGCCACGAUCAUGGACUUCUUCAGUUCAGGGCUUCCUGUCAUCAGUGAAGGUGCAGAGCCAGUAGCACCGGAUACGCAACCGCAAGAGGGCGAUAGCGAGACGGUAUUGAUGAUCAAGGAAAUAUUGGAAACGAGAAUAAGACCGACGGUCCAGGAGGACGGUGGCGAUAUAGUCUACAUGGGAUUUGAUGAUGGAGUUGUGAAGCUCAAGCUUCAGGGUUCUUGCACUGGUUGCCCAAGUUCAACGGUGACCCUGAAAGCUGGAAUACAGAAUAUGCUUCAGUUUUACGUUCCUGAAGUAAAGUCUGUUGAGCAGGUUAUCGACGAAGCAGAAGUGGUGGCGAACAAAGAGUUUCAGAAGCUGGAAGACACCAUCCGUCGCAAAGGAGUUGAUCCCUAGCACUGAAUGACAGCUGUGAUCUUAGCUGGUAGUGAGGACAUCUGACUCUUGGAAUAGAUAUAACGUGCAGUUACAAGACGUCAGUAACAAAAGCACCCCAUGUUAUUGGAAAGGGCGGUUGUGUCACUCUGCACUUAGUACUAUUAAAUAUCAGAAAAAGUUA